AUGCCAGAGACGGGACACCGGUGCACUGAUAGCACCUGGUUUGAGAAGAAGGCCAAAGGGAGGUGGGCAUGGAUCGCUCAAUACGCGAAGACCAAUAAUGAAAUCGAGUUUGUUUCGUUCGAUAAACGCCGCAUGAUGCGCAAUAUAGCAGUAGGGUCGUCAUUUAGCGCUGACAGGGUCCACAGACUGGUAGGGGCCAGACUAGCAUUCGAGGGGAAGAUCGAGAAGAAGGCACUGCAGAUAGCAAAUCACAGACAACGAUCGAAUGUAUUCGAGGAGGCGAUGCACCAAGCACGGAUUUUUAGCGAAUACUGGAGCUUGCAAUGGAGCUGCGAGGACGACGACGAGAAGUUCACCGCGAAACUGUGA